AUGGAGUUUACGAGAAAAAACAGUCGGCAGCUCUUGUCCAAGAUAGCCACUAACGACGGACAUGGCGAGAACUCGCCGUAUUUCGAUGGAUGGAAAGCGUUCGAUAGCAACCCUUUUCACCCAACACAGAAUCCUCACGGUGUCAUUCAGAUGGGACUUGCUGAGAAUCAGCUGUGCUUUGAUUUGAUCAAAAAAUGGAUACUGGAGAACCCCGAUGCUUCCAUCUGCACCGCCGAAGGCAUCGAUAAGUUCAGAGAUAUCGCCAUCUUUCAGGAUUAUCAUGGCCUCAAGGAGUUUAGAGAGGGAGUAGCGAAAUUUAUGGGAAGAGUAGGCGGAAACCGGGUCACAUUUGACCCGAACCGUAUAGUCAUGAGUGGCGGGGCCACCGGUGCUAACGAGACCGUCAUGUUUUGUUUGGCCGAUCCAGGCGACGCUUUUCUUGUGCCUUCACCUUAUUAUGCGGGAUUUGCUCGGGAUCUAAGGUGGCGCACUGGGCUGGACAUAGUUCCAGUCGACUGCAAAAGCUCGAACAAUUUUCGUAUAACAAGAGCUGCACUCGAAGAAGCCUAUGAAAAAGCUCAGAAAUCGAACAUCAAUGUCAAAGGCGUCAUCAUAGCCAACCCUUCGAACCCUCUAGGCACAGUUCUCGACAAAGAGACAACGAGAAGCUUGGUCAGUUUUAUAAACGACAAGAGCAUCCACCUCGUCUGCGACGAAAUCUAUGCCGCCACGGUGUUCGGCUCUCCUCGGUUCAUCAGCAUCGCCGAGAUCAUACAAGACAUGGACUGCGACCGUGACUUGAUUCACAUUGUUUACAGCUUGUCAAAAGACAUGGGGUUCCCUGGUUUUCGGGUCGGUAUCGUUUACUCUUUCAACGACGAUGUUAUGAAUUGUGCCCGAAAGAUGUCGAGUUUCGGAUUGGUUUCGUCUCAGACACAGUUUCUGCUCGCUGCGAUGUUGAACGACGAAGAGUUCGUCGGGAAUUUCUUAAGGGAGAGUUCGAAGCGGUUAGCCAAAAGACACAAUGUGUUCACUAAGGGACUCGAACGAGUCGGGAUUUCGAGCUUAAAAAGCCAUGCCGGUUUGUUUUUCUGGAUGGACAUGCGACCACUCCUCAAAGAACAAACCGUCAAAGCCGAAAUAGAGCUAUGGCGUGUGAUAAUCAACAAAGUGAAACUCAACGUCUCUCCGGGCUCGUCUUUCCAAUGCUCGGAGCCUGGCUGGUUCCGCGUCUGCUUCGCGAACAUGGACGACGAGACGGUCGAAGUAGCGCUCGAGAGAAUCCGAGACUUUGUUCUUCAAGGAAAGGAAAAGAAUCAUGCAUCAGAGAAAUCCAAGCACUGGAAAAAUCAGAACCUUCGCCUUAGUUUCUCUUCGUCUAGGUUAUACGACGAGAGUCUCAUGUCUCCGCACAUGAUGUCGCCUCAUUCCCCGAUUCCUCGGUCACCCCUCGUUCGAGCCAGAAAUUAAAAUAAACCCUAAUAAUUAUAACGUAUAUGUAGGUUUGCAUGCACGCCUA